GACAUGCUUGUGUAGGUUUUUGGCUCUUAGGUUUUUAGGUAGAUAUCACAGCAUGGGGAAGACUAAUUCCUUUGUUUAUAUUUCUAACAGAUCUUUAAACGCUGACAAUUUAACGCAAUGAAUGGCAUGAAGUUUAAAUGUCUGCUAAGAUCUACAACGAUUUAUCUUGUAAUUCGUUAAUGACAAAUUUGCUAUAAAGAUUUGCAAUUUGUUUAAAUCAAAAUCAAUUGAACGUUUCAAUAUACGAAGGAAAUGGAUUUUUAUACCAAAGAUAGUGAUCUUUAUUUUGAAUGAUAAUGCAAUAUAGCCGACUAAAUUAACAUUCAUCAAAUUUGACAAAAAAGGAAUUACCAGUAGUUUUUAUCCUACUCAAAUGACAGACAUAGGAGAUAAGCUGAGAAAGAAACAGUGUUUUUUUGUAGAAUAAAAAAAAAGACUACAGUUAUAUAUGAAUAUCGAAUUGAUUGUGUUUUUUUGCUGAAUUCGAUAUCAUGGCUGAUGCCUUAAAUUGAAAGCAUAGAACUGUUGUUGGAAUUUAAGUUGUAAGACAGUGUACCAAUGACGGAGCCAGUGCCGACGGCAGGGGGUGGGUUUGUGAAGACUAUCCGGAUGCAGGGGAACUAUUUUCCCGACGAUACCGACAUUAAAAGAUCCACAUCAACUACACCAAAAUUACCGAAACGUCCGAUGUCGCACACAGUACUUCCGGUAUCCCCUCCCCCGAUCCCCAAACGUCUGAUAAAGACUGCUCUGCACCAGGCGGUGCUUGAUGCGCGGCUUCACCAGGUCCGUCUCCUCGUGGAGAAACAUGGCGUUAACGUCAACAUCAAGGACGUUUACGGACGUACGCCGCUCAUGUUGACGUCAAUGAUCGACGAAGAAGCUGGAGCCAAGAUGGCGAAAAUAUUUAUAACGGCGGGCUCCAAUGUUGGUCUAAAAGACAAAAUGGGCAGGACUGCUCUGUCCAUGGCUUGCAUGGCCGGGCGAGAGAAGAUUGUUGAUGAAAUACUGCGAAAGGAUAUUCUUUACAUCGACGACGAUGAUAACGACGGAAACACGCCGUUACACCAUGCUGCUGCUAGUGGCAACCCGAAUAUCGUUAAGCUGCUCAGCGAACUGUAUGUUAAAUUCGGACUGGAUAUUGACGUAAGAAACAAUAUGGGUUAUACAGGGCUUUUAGUAGCGUGUAGAAAUGGUCACUUUGUUUCUGCACAUUAUCUGCUGACCAACGGACAGGCGUCUCCGGCCCUCAGGGACGAGGAGACUUACUUAAGCGCCAACGAGUGGGCUCAAAAAAGCAGCCGCCAGGUUGCCCUUCCCGCAAAGCGUCUCCCGUCACCGCCAAGUGCUCCGGCGUUCUCUAGGGAGUCUACCAUGUACCAGCGGCCUUUUACACCUAUAUGUAAGCAUACUACGCCGCACAAUUUACUGAACACUUGGGCGAGAGGAUUAGACGAUUUCGAAAUCGCACGCAGUGAGACUUUCUACGAAGGACAAGACGCUCGACAGUUGGUUCUAAAUGAAAUUAGCAACGCCGAGGCCCACGGCUGGGCAAAGAAACAGAAGCCUGUGAAAAUCGUCCACCCUUCCACCGCAAAGCUUAUGGCGUUUUCCCGCCGACGGACGAAAUCUGCCAUCCCGCCUGAUAUGACGACGAUAUUCCGGAUGUACUCGGACCAGUACCAGCCCGACUGGCGGAGGGAGCGGACAACGGUGACCCUGCACGCCUCCAGCAGCGAUACCAUGCCGUCUAUUAUCAGGACUGCAAGCAGUCAUCGGCCGUCCAUGAAGGCCACCAGCUAGACCAGCUAACAUUGUGAUGUAGGGGCGGUGUUAAGUUUAGUGUGUUUAUGUCUAUUUCAUCAUAUAAUUCGUUGAAGUCCCUUAUCUUUGGUGCUUUUUUGCGAAGAUAUCGUCAAUCUUCUGUUUUGAGUUUUCGAGAAGUUCGGAGAUCUGAGAUAAUGAUGCCUCGCGCAAGAAUUCGGAUAGCGAGCUGGUUUGGGGCAUUACAAUUGUAAAAUGAAAUUUACUAAGCUUUUAAAAUCAAGAAAUAUCUGGAUUUAUCUAAAGUUAUGGGUUCAUUCUGCUAUCACUUACGUUUUGACUAUUGUUCAUGUUGUUUUAAAAAGGAAACAGGACAUAAUUGUAUGAUUUUAUAUCCUUUUUAAAAUAGUUUUUACUUUUUAAUAUUGAACUCACGAUCAUUUUUAUGUACGAUAAAUUACUUUACAAACUAUUUCUUUGU